AUGUCAUAUACGGGUUCGACUGCCCGGCGUGCCCGCCGGGGGGCCUUCACUUUCAAUCCCAACUUAGCUUUGGGUUCGUCUUACUCAACCUCUUACUCAGGCAUCGGCGAAUCUCCAUCUUUGUCGAGCAGCGUAGCGGGCGCUGUUGUUCGGCAAGGCUCAGUCAGCGUCAAAGAAGAGGGCACGCUGACCAGUUGGGUAUGGAAGGUCAAAUGGCUCAUUCUCAAGGACAUGACCCUUACCCUCCAUAAAUCUGCCGGUGAGACCGCUCCCCAACAAAUCGUCAUCCUCCUCCGCGACAUCACAAGCAUCGACCGAACCGACCUCAAGCCAUACUGCCUACUCAUGGAGACACAGGACAGGAAACGGUACCACUUUUCGCUCAAGAGUGACGAAGAGCUGUAUGGCUGGCAAGACGAUAUCCACUCCCGCUCCCCGCUUCUGGGAUUCAGCAACCCAUACAACAUUGUCCACAAAGUCCAUGUUGGUUUUGAUCCAGUCAGUGGCGCGUUUACUGGGAUGCCCUAUCAAUGGAGCAAGCUACUCACCAAAUCUCGCGAGGACUAUGCCAAAGACCCCCAGGCAAUGCCCACGUUGUCUGCACCCCCAGCCUACCACUCGAUGCCAUCGUCUGCUCCGCCAGCAACAAAAAAGCACGAGAAAUACUACUACGAGGACGGAAACCUGGUUCUCCAAGCAGGUGAUACCCUUUUCCGGGUUUGGGAUGGUACAAUCCGCCGCCACGCCACUGCUUUUCCUCUGCCUACCGCCAAAAAACCUACAUCCGAUGAGAACCCGCUUGUCCUAGAGGAUGUUUCGACUGCCGAUUUCGAGCGACUAUUGUGGAUCCUCUAUCCACCUGUCCUGGGCCAAUGCCUUGCUUCGACCUCUGCCGACUGGACCGCCAUUCUCGCAUUAGCCACGAAGUAUUCGCUGUCGGACGUCAGGGACUUGGCGAUCCGGGAACUGGGAAAGCUUUCGCUCGACCCUGUGGAGAAAAUCGCAUUGCAGCAGAUGUAUACUAUCGACAGGAAGUGGGCCGGUGACGCUUUCAUCGCACUAUGUACCCGUGCGCCAGCGUUGAAAAUUGAAGAGGGCAAGAAACUUGGAAUUGAGAUGACUGUUCAGGUUGCUAGCGCUCGGGAAAAACUCAACAAAUGGGGUCGAAAGCCAGAGGAGAUCAAGAAAGUGGUGGCGGAAGUUUGGGGGAUCACUGUUGAAACACCAGUAGCUUGA